AUGUCUGAGAGAACUCUUCCCCUCGUUUUCAUUAAUCUUGGUGGAGAGAUGCUUUACAUUCUGGACCAACGCCUACACGCUCUCAACACAUCUGACGACAAUUCAGAGAAAGGAGUUUGGUCAGAAAAUGACAGAAAAAGAGUUAUGAAUGACAUUGUUGGGACCAUGUUUGGUAAAGACUUUAUGGAUGAACUUCUCAAACCUCAGCAGCUAUAUUCUCACAGGACCAUGAAAACAGUGCUAACUCGGUUAGCGCAUGCCUCCAUCAUGAGGCUGAACCCGGCCAGCAUGGACAGGCUUUACGAGCUGAUGGUCAUGGCAUUCAAAUAUCAGGUCUUGCUUUGUCCACGGCCUAAAGACUUGCUGCUCAUCACUUACAAUCACAUAGAUACCAUCAGGGAAUUUGUAAAAGACACUCCUGUGGUCGGGAACAAAGUGGACGAGACACAUAGGAAGAUCAUUGAGACAUACUCAUCUUUACCAGAGGGUGAAUUCCAGCUUCUCAGACAAACACUGCUCAUAUUUUUUCAAGACAUGCAUAUUCGCGUGUCACUUUUCCUCAAAAAUCAACUCCAAAAUCCCAAUGGACGUUUUGCCCUGUCGACAUCAGGCCCAGUGCCUUAUGGGAUGGAUGUUCCAGGGCUUAUUAGGACAUUUGACAGAAAGGGCAGAGAAGUGAGACGAAGUGAGUUCCCCACAGGAGGAAGUUAUACCAGCCCCAUCAGAAAGGGAUGUUUUGAACUGCAUGGAGACAGAGUCAUUAGACUGGGCAUGAACAUGUACACUGUAAAUCACCCAGAGGAGACACACACAUCCAAGGCUCACUCUGUCAAGACAGACGACACUCCCAACCUGCUGGCCAAAGAGGAGCUGAACCUGCUGGCACGUCUAAUGGGCAGCAUGAAGGCCGAAGACAUGCCCAAAACUCAAACUGGCUUUCAGAUCAACCUGUUUCCUACAGACCAAGAGGAGGGGGAGGAGGCGGAAACUUCAAGUGGCGCUGAGGAGCCCUUGUUUGGAGUGAUAAAUAUCCAAGCGAUGCAGGAUGAACAAGCUGCUACUCAGCUGGCUCAAAUCGUGGGACAGUUUGCAGAAGGAGAAGAGCAGCCGGAAAAUCUCAGCAGCAGCAAAGGAGACGACCUGCUGGCCAUGAUGGACGACCUCUGAUCCUGUUGUGUAGCUUCAAAGUAGUUGCAUUUGUUAUUUUAACUUUACUUCCUCUCUCUUUAUCUCAGGUAAAAAUCACAUUAUCUGUCACUGAGCUUCUGUUUGACCUGUAAAACAUGCAGUUGUCGAUGUAUUCAGUUCUACAACUGGUUGUUUAACUCUGAAGUAGAUUAGAGAGUAUGAUAAAUAUCAAAUGACUCCUAAACUAUACU